AUGCAGGGGAGGAGCACCGGUCGAGUUUAUACUUUGGAUGCUAGGAAGGCUAAAAGAAACAAUGCCUUAAAUGCUGGCAUGUGUCUCGUCAAUAAUCAUCCUUGUUUUGUAUUGUUUGAUUGUGGGGCGACACACUCUUUUAUAUUAAUUCAGUGCAUGAAGCGUCUUGGCUUGCAAGAAAUUCCCUUGUCUCCUCCUAUGGUGGUUACUACCGCGAAUGAUGAUGUAGUUGAGACACCGUUGAUUUGUGAAAAUUAUUCUCUCUCGGUGAAUGGUAAAAUUUUCCAGAUUGAUCUUAUUUGUUUACCACUUAAGAAGGUUAAUGUGGUUUUGGGGAUGGAUUGGCUUUCCGCCAAUUCAUUGUUUAUUGGAUGUGAAAAGAAGUUGAUUAUCAUUCCAUCUAGUGAAGCUACUCCAAAGGAUGUGCUAACUACUAUCUUGGAAGGUAUGGUUGGUAUGGUUAAUUUCUUAUUUGAGAAUGAAAAGUCAGUUCUCUUGGUUCUUACCAAGGAAUCUAGCGAUAAUCUGAGUGUUAAACAAAUUCCCAUUGUUUGUGAACUUCCGGAAGUUUUCCCCGAGGAUGUCACCUCUCUUCCUCCUGAAAGGGAAGUGGAAUUCUCUAUUGAUCUAAUACAUGGGAUGGCUCCAAUCAUACCGCAUGGCGCCACUUGA